CUUUGAACAGCCAGCAAGGAAGGCAAUUGCGAGGAAAACACUCCGGUCCUAUCAAGGCGCCUGCUCUCAGCAACCCAACGCAGCUAUGCCGCCGAAAAAGGUCGCCGCCGCCUCCACAGAUUCAGCAAAAAAGAAGCUUCCAUCGCCUCCCAAGGUCGCGAAACCACCACUCUCCAAAGAGGUCGUCGAAACCAGCGACGACAGCACCGACUCCGAAGAAUACCAGGCCAUCCGAAAGCAGGCGACGGCUUCCUCGCCGCUAGUCUUCAAACCGGUGGGGGCAAAGAAUGGCGUCAAAGCGGCCGUAGCGCCGGCGGAAAGUCCGAAUGAGAGUGAGGACGAGGAGGAGGAGACGGAGGACGAGAAUGAUAUGGGGGCGAAUGCUCCACCGGCAGGAGACAACGACGACGAGGAGGAUGAGGAUGAGGAAGAUGACGAUGAGCCAGACACCAACGCCUUCGACCACCUCCACAACACCCCAUCCGUCGACGACCUCGAACUAGACUACCAGCCCCCAAAAGGCUUCACCCUCGAAACCCUCGCCCGCACAUCCAUCUCCAACCCCUUCGACGUCGACACUCUCACAAAGGACGAUUCAAAAGAAGUAUGGCUCUUCCGCGCCCCGCUGGAUGUCUCCCUUGAACAACUACGUGGUCUCAUGCUCAAGACACAGUCAAAAGCACCACCGAGCGAAGAAGGCGAGUUGUUAGGCACCCUCCCCAUCCCCACCUCCGGCCCCCCAACCCACGCCUACGGCGUCUUCGACGUAACCCACAACCCCCUCGACGCCGCCGACCUGCGCGUCGUCCUCCCCCAGGGUAAACAGCAGCGGUACGCCCUCCUCCCGCACACAGCGAAACCGAUCACGCGGUUCCUGAAUGUGGCACCCGUGGACGAUGAUGUGGCGAGUGCCGAGGCGGUUAGGAAGGCGGGGGAGAAGGCGAGGGGGGAGAAGAAUGAACGCAUGGUGCAUCCGGAGGGGAUGCGGUUGCAGAGUGCGCCGUUUGGGUUUGAUACCGCCGGCCGCGCACUUGAACUCUCCCUAGCACGCUACCCCCAUCUCCAACCCACCACCACCUCCACAUCCCCAUCGACAGCCAAAUCACCCAAAAAAUCAAAACACACUAAAACCCCAUCAACAACAACAACGACAACACCAACAGCCCCAUCACCCGUUAAGAAACGGAAACGCUCCAGUGCGGUGGUUGAGGAGGUUGCUGGGGCGGCCACGGCGGUAACCCCUCAGGCGGCGGUACCGAAGAAGAAGAAAAAGAAGAGCGAGAUGGAGUGAGGCGAGGGUUGCUGUGGAGCCAGGGUGAUGACGAGGGGGGUUUG